GAGAAUGUUUUCUCUGGAGCUUGAACGAACUUUUACUAGUCACAGAUUUCCUGGAAUAAACGUUUGCGAAAAUAAGCAGUGAAUCUUAAAAGCGGGAUUUGAACUUAUUGUGAAGUUGAGAUUCAGGAAGCAAAGAUGAUAUUCGUCUGGAUGAUUGUUGCCCAGUUUGUUCUAUCGGGAGCGGACACUGAGCCACUGUGUUUAUCAAGAUUCGAUUAUGAUUAUAAACUAUUAUCAAAACUUGUAGAGCUGGAAACUGGCCAAAAGAGACUUCAUGAAACAAUUACGGAACAACAGACAGUAAUCAACGAACUUCAAACAACAAUAACAGGCUCUAGAUCAAAAGAAGUUGGGUCUGUUUAUACACGUUGGGGUAAAUCUUCAUGCCCUGGAAACGGCACAGAGACUAUAUAUGCUGGACUUGUUGCGGGGUCACACUAUCAACACAAAGGUGCAGCUGCUAACUACCUGUGUUUAACACAGCAGCCAUCUUGGAACAAGUAUAACGAUAAAGAACAAGCCGGCGGACUUGUCUACGGGGCUGAAUACGAGUUUGAUUUUCGAAGCCGACAGCAAUUCUUUGGUCGAGAAAUAACUAAUGAGGAUCCACCCUGUGCUGUUUGCCGAACUGAACGGCCAACCGUCAUAAUGAUUCCUGGCAGUCGACAAUGCCUCGAUGGCUGGACCAUGGAAUACCACGGUUACUUAAGCAGUGGGCAUUACGGUCAUGAUGCAGCUUCCGAAUAUGUGUGUCUAGAUGUCGAUCCGGAAGUAAUUUUGGGCGGAACAUCUAAUAAUGAUGGCAAGCUUUUCUACUUAACGGAAGUGCGAUGCGGUUCCUCAUCGCUUUGCCCUCCUUAUGUGAAUGGUCGAGAGCUUUCGUGCGUCGUGUGCUCCAAAUAGAAUGUAUUGAAUCAACCGUUCAAGACGAGCUAAUAUCCAACAUGUAUGAAAAAGCAAUAUUUGAAAAAACAGUACUGUAUCAAUAGUAUUUUGUAUUUACGUACUGUUGAUUCUGGAGAAUUCAAUCAUUACAAAUUUACUGUGCUUUUAGUGUCAAAUGGCCAUUGUUUCUCCACUUUGGUUAUGGAGGUUUUGUUAAGGAGUACUUUAAUGCCCUACUAAAUUAUCAUUAAGUAGUGUUUGAGAAUGUAUCUGGCCUUUAAAGCACCAGCUAUGCAUGCCCUUUUCUUUGUCCUGGUAUCAUAGCAUGUUGACAAAUUGUCUGUGUCUUGUUUAUUAUUGGCUUAUUGUAAUUUGAGUGGAUUCAAAGAAAUAUAGCUCUACCGGUUAUGCUUUGACAGAUCGAUAUUCAUUGAUCAGAGAUCGACGAUAACCAAGGUUUGAACUAGGCCUUUGAGUGAUUUUGUUUGAUUAUGUUUCCAUUUGUACAAAUAAUGUCGUAUGCGUGAUUUCUGCAAUCUAGAAACGUGACAGUAAUAAGCAUCUGACUUUCGGUUAGGUACGCAAUUGUAAUCACAAAACAGGUGUUGUAGCACUAUAUUUUUAUGAAAAACAAAAUCCACAUGAAUCUUAUUCAUUUUUAAUUCCAAUUCAAACAAGUUAUUGGGAAAUAUCAAUCCUCAAUAUGCGAGUUAAGUUUCAAAAUCAAAAUGUAUAGAAAAGAUUCCGAUAUAUAUUAACAGAUACGUGCUCACUAUUCGAUAUCGGUUCAAAAUACAACAGUUUAAUAGAUUUUACUUAUUUUCUGUUAUGCAAAUCCAUGGAUUUGUGCGAGAAGUGCCUCACAACCCGGGCAUCUAACGGAAUUAUAAUGUCAAAAUAUUUGCUCCAGUUUUAAUCGAUAGAUUUCUACAAGAAGUGGCGUGCUGAUAUUAUCAAUGGUGCGAAACUUAAAAGUAUAUACUUGCAUAUGCAUAGUACGUUUUGUAUGGCUGAAUAUCUAUAUAUGUCAUGUAACAAAAACAACAGAAAUUACCUUACUCAAUUGCGUGUAUCAGCGCAUUGGUUACGUAUCAAAACUGGUAGGUACGGAUAUAAUAGACUGCCAAGAAUUGAAACAGUAUGUUUAUUUUGCCAUAACAGAAAAUUGAGGAUGAAUAUUAUUUUGAUGUAGAUGUAGUUGUUUCGAUACCUCCGAUCAAAUUGUAUUAAAAAGUAUUCUUUAUGUAAAACCUAUCAUGUUAAAAUUUACUCAACUAAUUAGUAGUAAUAGCAAACCGACUAAUGUAAAUUUAUGUUAAUUCUCGGUAAAGGCAAAUAAUAGAAGAAACUUAUUAAUCAAUGUUAUUGUUUAAGUUGUUGAUCGUAUAUAAUCACUGCUGUAACCAUUUGCCACCUGCAAUACCAUAAUAUAUCUAAUUAAUUAGCUGUACAGUUUAUUAUUAUUAUUAUUAUUAUUAUUAUUAUUAUUAUUAUUAUUAUUAUUGUUGUUGUUGUUGUUGUUGUUGUUGUUGUUGUUGUUGUUGUUGUUGUUAUUCACAAUAUUGCUACACGUGACCAUUCUCCAUAUUUCGUAAGCUAUACUUGAAUUGUUUCUGAUAUUGGCUACCUUGUCACGAUGCAAACAUGCAUGAUUAUUGUGUAAACUUGUAUAUAUUUGUUUGAUGAAAUGCUUUGUUGUAUAUGUCCGAAUGAACUUCUGUUCUGCUCUGUUCUAUUACUUAAUAUCGCUGUUACCCCUUUUGAACGGGCAGGUCAAACGUAAGACCUCGACCAUUACACAUGUCCAAAUAGUUAUCAAAAUGAAUAAAAUUAUGGCGAUAAUCUAACAUCAUUACCAAUAUUAAAACGACGGACGAUUAUUGACGACCAUAGGGCUUCUACUACAAAAACAACAAAGCAUUAUAGCAUGUAAGUCUACCACAAGUUUGUAUAAGUGGUUGUGGAAGGCAAAAUAUUAAACCUGGUCAUUUUUUAAUUUAAAUAAUAGGUACACUUUUUCAAAUAGUAAAACAUAAAUCCGUUUUAAGACUGUUUGGCGUAAAAAAGAGUUUAGCAAAAUUUACGAAAGAAUCAGAAAUUAUCACAGAUUUGUUAUGAUUUCGUUCGCUUUAUAACGGAAUAGAAUAACGACAAUAUAAAUGUUUUCGUGUGCCAGAAUGUUGCAGACUACCUUUUCAUCAUAUUUGGCUUCUUGAUUAUAUCCCGAAAUAAAAUAGUAAAAUAA